AUGGGAGUCGCUCAUGGGUGCGUCUGCAAGAAAGAAGAAAGAGUUGAAGCUGAUGUUGAUGACGACGACUUGGUCUCCAUCGCUUCCACACCCACUCUCGUAAGCUCUGAAAUUCUAGAGUUUCUCCACAAGGUUCCGCUAUUCAAAAGGUUACAAGAAGAUUUAUUGCCCACCUUAGCACCAACAUGUGCAAGCAAAACCUUCCUACCAGGUGAUGUGGUCAUCGAGCAAGGUGACGAGGGCCAUGAGCUCUUCGUCAUCAGGUCCGGCAUCUGCUCCGUGCAGGUGAACGGCCACGAAGUGGCACAGCUCAAGGAUGGCGACUACUUCGGUGAGAAUGCCUUGCUUAGGGCCGAGCCACGGAAUGCCACCAUAGCAGCGAAGCUCGGAUGCAUUAGGGUGAAGCACAACCGCCAAAAGUCUAAGAAACAAAGCCCAACAGCCCUCGUCAGGAUAGAACGCUGUAGAGGCCUGAAUAUCUUGCAGUGUAGUGCACGUGUGCACUCAGGACUAGGGAGUGUAGUGUUCGUGAGUUGUCGUUCGAGCAGUUGCGAGAAGUUGUGCAGUGAUCGCAUGAGCUCUCUUUCGACAGCUUGA